ACUCUCAUCUCCAUCCAUCUGAUAGACAAGAACAUCUUUUCUUCUUCUCUCAUCAAACCCCAUAUUCCAUCACAAUGGCAGGCGGUGCUAUUCCCACAGCGGCUCCCCAGCUCGCAGGCGGCUACCUGACCGGUCGCGCGCUCAUCUACCCCCUCUCCCUCGUCAUCUCCCUCUUCUUCCUCUGGGGAUUCUCCUACGGUCUUCUCGAUGUCCUCAACAAGCAUUUCCAAACCGUCCUCGGCAUCACAAAGCUCGAGUCCACUGGCCUGCAGGUCAUGUACUUUGGUGGCGGUUAUCUCCUCUUUUCUCCCAUUGCUGCUGAGGUUCUUAAGCGACGCGGUUACAAGCUUACUAUCCUGAUGGGUCUUGCUCUCUACUCUCUCGGUGCUGUCCUGUUUUGGCCUGUUGCCAAGUCUGCUGAUAGCAACGCCAACGGUCGCGCUGUCUUUGGUGGUUUCUGCGCUUGCACCCUCGUCAUCGCUUGUGGUCUCGCUACUCUCGAAACUGCCGCCAACUCUUACGCUGUCGUCAUCGGCGCUCCUGAGUCUGCAUCUGCUCGUCUCCAGUUCUGCCAGUCUUGGAACGGUGUCGCGUCCUUCAUCGGUCCCCUCAUCGCCUCCAAGUUCUUCUUCACCGGCGAGAACCAGAACAACCUCACCAACGUCCAGUAUGUCUACCUCGCUGUCGCCUGUGCUGGCGCCGCUGUCGGUGUCCUCUUCUUCUUCGCCAAGCUUCCCGAGGUCAGCGAGGCUGUUCUUGAGGAUGACCAGGCUGGCCACGUCGCUCAGGGCUCCAUCUGGAAGCAGUGGAACAUGUGGUUCGCCUUCGGUGCUCAGUUCUGCUACGUCGGUGCCCAGGUCACCAUUGCUACCUUCUUCAUCAACUACGCCCACGAGAACGGUGACAUCACCACUGCCAAGGGUAGCAACAUGCUGAGCUAUGCUCUCAUCACCUUCACUGUCGGUCGAUUCGUCGCUACUGGUCUUGCUGUCAUCUUCAGCUCCGAGUUCAUCAUGGUUGUCUACUCUUGCUGUGCCAUCGCUCUUACUGCCUACGUCAGCGCUGCUCCCAGGGGUGUUGCCAGUGUCGGUAUCCUCAUUGCCGUCUUCUUCUUCAUGGCUCCCAUGUACCCCACCAUCUUCGCCAUGGGUACCCGAAACCUCGGCCACCACACUCGACGUGCUGCUGGUAUCCUUGUCAUGGGUGUAUCGGGCGGUGCCGUGUUCCCCCCUGUACAGGGAGCCAUAGCUGAUGCCAAGGGCACUCGUAUCUCCUACAUCGUCCCUACUAUCGGCUUCGUCUACGUCCUUGGCUAUGUCGCUGUCAACUGGGUUCGCGGCGGAAUUACAUUUAUGGCCCCCAAGGCUGAGGAGUCUACUGUCGACGAGAUUACCUACGAUAACGAGAAGAACGAUGUCAUCGUUGAGCAGCGCGAGAAGAAGAACAACGACAUGGCUUAAUUGGAUCGGAUCAAGAUGGAUGAAUAUAUAGAAGCGUUCUAAACGGGCGUUUAACGAUAGAUACCUGGUACAAAGAUACACUACGAGAAUCAGAAUUUAAUGUUUUAUGAUCA